CUAUACAUUGUAACAAAGACUGAAGAGCCAUCGAAAGGUGAAGCUCCUUUUGUGGUAGUCUGCGAAAUAACGCUCUCUCAUGCAAGCGCGCAAAAAAACGGCGGAGGAAGCCGCUGAUGGAGUGCGGAGGGGACUGAUGCUGGAGUAAAUAAUACAUUCGGCCUUUGGCAGAGUUGUUUAAUAGUCAGUGUCUCGCACCAAUUCUCCCGAUGAGCACGCCGAGCGAGAUAACAUUGGUGACGUUCGAGGAGGCGGCCGCGGUCGCCAAAAUCAUGCACGGGCCAGACGCCGAGCUGCUCGAUUACGCGGUGGAGAAAGGCACGGCCACUGUGCAGGGCUUCCUCUCCAACAUCCUCAGGGUAAGCGUCAGGGUGAAGGUUGGGCAGCAGGAAGUUGAGUCAAAGUUCAUCGUGAAGCGGCAGCCGGUGCUGGAGGCGCAGCAGAAGAUGACCGAGGAGUUCGGCGUGUUCGAGCACGAGAUCGGCGUGCUGGAGCAGUGUCUGCCGCUGCUGCUGGCGCGGCGUCCCGACCUGCCAGUGGUGCGAUGCUACCUGGCCGACGCGGCCCGCAGCGUCAUCUACAUGGAGGACCUCAAGGAGAGCGGCUUCACGUCGCUGGUGCGCAACAUUGUCGAUCUAAAGGACACCGUGCUGCAGAUGCCGCACCUGGAGGUGGCGAUGCGCACCCUGGCCGCGUUCCACGCCGCCUCCGUCGGCGUCAACUGGCUCCAGCGCUUCCCGCACAUCUUCACCGAGGACAUCUUCUUUGAGAAAAAUGACGGCGCCGUAAUGCGCAACUGCAUCGAGCAGGGCGUCAGGUCAAUCCUGCGGCCGAUCGCGCGCCACCACUUCCAGAACGACGCGGCCACGCUCGAGGCCGUCGAGUGGAUUGCAAGCGACGACUUCUACCGCACCGUGACCGCUAUCUGCAAGCACGACACCACCAACGCAGCAGUCAAUGUGCUGUGCCACGGUGAUAGCUGGGCCAACAACAUGAUGUUCAAGCUGGACCCUGAGAGUGGAGACCCGCUCCAGGUGAAGCUGAUCGACUUCCAGAUCUCGCGAUACGCACCGGGCAACCGAGACCUCGUCUACUGCAUCUACAUGGUGUGCACAGCCGAAUUCCGCAAGCAGCACGAGAAGGAGCUUCUGCAGACCUACUGGCAAGCCUUGAGCGAUGCGUGCCCUGAGGGGCCGGGACAGACCUGGGACGAGUUCUACGCCGACUACGACCGCAUACGGCCCUUUGGUCUGAUGGUGGCAGCCACCAUGCGCCCCGCUAUUUACAUCGAGGGAGCCGUGCCGGUCGGCGAGGAGGAACUGACCGAGGAGCAGAUCACUAACAUGGUCGAGGGACGGUACGACCAGGAGGAUAUCAUUCGGCAGUUUGAGAACAACCCCACCUUCCACAAAGAGAUGGUUCAAGUCAUCGAGGAGGCGGCUCAAAUCUACCGCGACCACAAACAGCGGCAUUUGAAAUCGGAAUAAUAAUGCUCCAAAAUAUAGCACGAUAGGGUUGCAGAUUUUAAGAGGUUUCUGACAAAAAAAGCUUUUUUCCGAAGGCUUAAGAAUUUUUAAAGUUUCAAGCACUUUUCAUUCCAAAAAAAUCACGAUUUCAGGAAUUGCAUAUUAUUGCUGAGCUAAAAAACUAAAAUUUCAUUUUUUAAUAGGGGUCGAUGAGGAUUAUUUUAGAUUAUUGGAUUCUGGACGGAUUUAGGAUUCAAAUUUAACGUGUCAUACAAAUAGUCCAUCAGAUUUUUCGGAUUUUUCAUAGUUAAAAGUCUGGCUCAAUAUAAUUUAAUAAUGAAUUUAAAGUCUGUAUUUUUCGCGCACAGAAAUAUAUUAGAUCGUAUUAACUUCCCAACCCUCUAUAUUAUCAAAUAAAAUGUGAUCCUGUUAAUUGUCAAAUAUUAAAUAUUUGUAAGACGCGCAAGUCGAAAGAUGAAUAUUUAAUAAAUUAAAUCAACUAUAUAUAUAAAAAUCAUAGAUGCGUGGUUUGGCGAACAUGUGAAAUUUAUAGAAAAUAUUUAUCUAUAAUACUCAAAUAUUAUAAACUAAUAAUAUAAAAUUCAUGCUUCUCUUUUGGUAUAUUACUUUUUAUUUUGCGUAUUUUGUUUUUUUUGCAGGGUUCUGUCAACUUUGUCUGAUUAAAAUUGUAAUACUAAUAACGUUUGUAAAGUGGACGAUGCAGUUAGUUACUGUUUUGUUUCAAUAAAAGACGCACUUCUUAUACU